CCCCCCUGUCAGUCUUCCCGAGUCCCGGAGUGUAAGAUGAGAAGGGAGAAGGUGGGCCUCACCCUAGGGGACAGCGAGGAGGAACUUCCUGCCCCCGCGCGCUCCUUCGCGCUGAGCGCACGGGCUGGGAGGCUGCAGGCGCGUCAAGGCCUCUCCCAAGGUGCAGGCGCGUCCCCGACGCAGGAAGAGCCACGGGGGCAGCCCGUGCCCUAACCUGGAACCGGGACCCCACGUCUGCAGCUGGCGGUGGGCUUCGAAGCCUCAGGACCGACCGCUCCCCGGCUCACGUAAGCAUCCUGGGAACCGAUUCCCGCCAGUCCUUGGGGCGGGCGAGCCGGACUUCGUCAAGACUGAACUUUGUGGCGGGCGGAGAAGUUGGGAGGGAUCGGCUCAUCCUCGGCUGGAGAGGCGAGACCCUCCUGGCAGUUCUGCGGGGACGCCCCCCACUCGCCCCCACCCUCCAAGACUCAGGCCUACAGUGUAGUUUGGGGUCGUUACCCCCACCCCCGAUUUCACCCUGGAGAUCUUAAAGACCCUCGAGAAAAGCCACGUGGGGGGCUGGUUCCCCUGGGGUUUCCUCCCCUCCCCCGACUGCCUGAUCCUCUGGAGUGUGCCUGAUGUCUGCAAAGAUGUGGAUUUGGACGUCCUCGUGGAAGCCUUGAAGCCCGUGGGGACCUUUAAGAAGAUUGGCAAGGUGUUCCGCAGGGAGGAGGACUCCACGGUGGGGAUGUUGCAGAUCGGGGAGGACGUCGACUAUCUGCUCAUCCCCCGGGAGGUCAGGCUGGCGGGAGGCGUAUGGAGGGUCAUCUCCAAGCCCGCCACCAAGGAGGCGGAAUUUCGCGAGCGGCUGAUCCAGUUUCUGGAGGAAGAAGGCCGCACACUGGAGGACGUGGCCCGCAUCAUUGAGAAGAGCACCCCACACCCGCCCCAGCCCCCCAAAAAGCCCAAGGAGCCCCGGGGGAGGAGGAGAGUGCAGCAGAUGGUGACCCCGCCCCCGCGGCUGGUGGUGGGCACCUAUGACAGCAGCAAUGCCAGCGACAGCGAGUUCAGUGACUUCGAGACCUCCAGAGACAAGGGGGACAAGGGGGACAAGGGUCACAAAGGCGCGGGGUGCAGCAGGAAAGUGCGCAAAAUGCCAGUCAGUUACCUGGGCAGCAAAUUUCUGGGGAGCGACCUGGAGAGCGAGGACGACCAGGAGCUGGUGGAGGCCUUCCUGCAGCGAGGGGAGAAGAAGCCCAGCGCGCCACCUGCCCGCCGCCGCGUGAACCUGCCCGUGCCCAUGUUCGAGGACAACCCCAGGCCGCAGCUGUCCAAGGCAGACAGGUGGCGAGAGUAUGUCAGCCAGGUGUCCUGGGGGAAGCUGAAGCAGAGGGUGAAGGGUUGGGCGCCCAGGUCCAGCCCUGAGGGGGGUGAAGCCCAGCAGGCAUCUACCAGGCAGGAGAGGGUUGGGGCCUCGGGGUCAGGCAGAGCCAGCCUGGGGGACAAUGUGGGCAACCCAGGAGAUGGGUGGGAGCCUGAGAUGCCCCCAAGACGAUGGAGGCCCAAAAUCAAAUGGGCCUCUUUUCGCCGUUGCAGGAGGGAAGAAGCGGCAUCCACAGAUCAGAGGGCGGAGGCUGCAGAUGAUCAAAGAGUUGAGGCAGCCGAUAAUCAGAGAGCUGAGGCUGCAGAUGAUCAGAGAGCAGGGGCUGCAGAUGAUCAGAGGGUGGAGGCUGCAGAUAAUCAGAGAGCUGAGGCUGCAGAUGAUCAGAGAGCAGGGGCUGCAGAUGAUCAGAGGGUGGAGGCUGCAGAUAAUCAGAGAGCUGAGGCUGCAGAUGAUCAGAGAGUGGAGGCUGCAGAUAAUCAGAGAGCUGAGGCUGCAGAUGAUCAGGGGGCUGAGGCGGCAGAUAAUCAGAGGAUACAGGCUGUAGAAAAUCAGAGGGCAGAGGUUGAGGAUAAUCCAGGGGCAGAAGCCAUAACUGUCCAGAGGGCAGAGGCUGCAAAUAAUCAGAGGGAAGGGGCUGCAGAUAAUCAAAGGACAGAGGCCCAAGCUGUCCAGGGGGCUGAGGCUGCAUCUGAUGGGGCAGAAGCCACAGCUGACCAGAGGGCAGAAGCUGUACAGAACCAAAGGGCUGAAGCCCCAGCUGCUCGGGGGGCCAUAGGGACAACUCAGGGAGCUAAGGCCCGGAAACAGGUCAAGACAGUGAGGUUCCAGACUCCUGGCCGUUUUUCAUGGUUUCGCAAGCGCCGGAGAGCCUUCUGGCACACUCCCCGGUUGCCAACCCUGCCCAAGAGAGUUCCCAGGGCAGGCGAGGCCAGGAGCCUUAGGGUAUUGAGGGCAGAGGCCAGAGCAGAAGCAGAGCAGGGAGAACGGGAAGACCAGUUGUGAGGUGAAGAUAGGGGUGCCCUGGAACUCAUGGCUUCCUGCCGCCAUACUUGAAAAUGGAGGUGGACAAGGACCGGGCAGCGGGCCUCCCAUCUCCACCCAGCACCCCUCUGUCUUGUUCAAAGUUUAUCUUUCAUGUAUUGAUUAAAAAAAAA